AUGGCACAAAAACUCCCAGGAUCUUGUUUUGUGCCAUUUCUCGCUCGUGUUUUGCCGCGCAACAAGGCCAUCAAGACCGACAAGACAAACGUCAAACAAGUUCUUGGUCUCAAGCGUUCUUUUCAUUCAGAAUCUCUCGAUUCACAACCAACAUCAUUGGUCAGACAUCAUGCCUCCAAAGAAGCCGCCCUUGCAGGCCGACCCAGCAGCCGUCGCAAAAGGCUUGAAAGAUGGCCCUCCGCUUUUCCCCAAGACCUGGACCUGCCAGCAUCCACCGCUGUUACCCAUAUUCCCAUCUCCAAGACCGCAAUUGGCAAGUAUGAGGACAAGGACGAGGUCGUUGAUUUGGACAUCUUGAGCAAUUUGAUCAAGACCGAGGACAUCGACCCGCUGGAAACAACAACGGGGGAUUUGGAGGAUGUAGUUGUAAUCAGAGUCAAGGAUGGGGAAUUAGAGGAUGUGGACGUGAUUGGAGUCAAGGACCUCUCGGAAUCCAAUUUCAAAGCCAAGAUCAAGGCGCUGAACCACGAUGCUGUGCAGUGGUUGAAACAGUCCAAGACAAGCGAGGAGGGGUGCAAAAUGGCGAAGAAGGCAUAUCCUACUGUGUGCAGACUCAUGGCCAACCACCCGGCUUUUGACAUCAAUGAGGUCGCUUUCUUGCUGAACCCAAGAUUUGGACAAGCCUACAGUGAUCUAGAUCUGAACACGUACUUGACAUCAACCUUGUUGCUGGUUUGCGGGAUCGAAGCGAAGGGAGGGCCAGGAAUCUACACGUUCUCGUGGGCUAAGGUUCCCAAGAAUUACAGUGGUAAAUUGGUCCAUCCUCGAAAGAGGCUAGAUGAACAUUGGCCGGGAGCAGCGUCGACUGGCAUCAAUCGCUACAUUGGCUAUGCCAAAGAGACCUGGCCUGUUGCUACAUGGAAAACCGCCGUCAUCUUGGUGUUCCCUCUGGACUGCCCUCAGGGAAUCCUCAGCGCUAUUGAGACUUUGGUCAUCAGUAUAUUUGCGCUUGCCUGUAUCCUCAUUUUCAAGCUAAACUUUCUGGUCCUGCAAAAGCUGUUCACGGGUCCAAUCUCCCACCAUCGCCAGCUUAGCUCAACAUCGUCGAUUGACUCCGCCUGA